AUGAUAUAUAUUUACUAUAAUAGAUAUUUAAGUGAAAUGAAUAGGAGUAAUGGUAUAUAUAUUGUUCAUAUCUUUUUACAGCCACAACCAUUAGUUUGGGUAUAAGUGAAGCAAUCUGGACAAAUUCCAGCACCUAGGUCGGGCCACACUUUUGUAACUGUUGGAAAAACGCACAUCCUUUUUGGAGGAUUGGAUAGUGAGAAAAAGCCAGAUGCAGAAAAGAAAAAUACAAAGAUAGCACCAAAUAAUUAAGUAUAUUCAUUGAGAGUAGCACCAAAUGUUUGUGAAUGGAAGUUAGUAUAAUGUUCUGGUGAUCCACCACUGCCAAGAACAAAUCAUGCAGCAUGCGCCAUUACUCCUGAGAAAAUGCUUAUUUUUGGUGGGUUCUACACAUCAAAUCUCCGUUUUAAUGACACAUUCAUCUUAAGAACUACAAAUUUCUAAUGGUCUCAACCACCCAAUUAAAAAAUUGGCGCACCAGAACCUAGAGGAAAUCAUUCAGCAACAUUUCAUAAGAACAAAGUGUAUGUUUUCGGAGGACAUGGAGGAGUUGGAUAUGCAACUAAAUCAUUCAAUGAUUUAUAUGUUUUAGAUUGUGAAAGUUUUGAAUGGUCACAAUUAGAACCUAGUGGAACACCACCUGACCCUAGAGGAGGACACAAUUCUUAAAUUAUGGGAUAGAAUGAUUUACUCAUGAUUUUUGGCGGAUGGAAUCAAAUUUCGCAAUUUUAAAAUGUCAUCAUAUAUGAUAUUAAUAAUAAUAGUUGGGUAGAUCCAGAAAUAUCACAUGAAAUACCUAAGUGGAAUAUGGCAGGUAUUAUGGUGCCAUCUAUUCCAUCAUGGAAAUAUUUCAUUUUUGGUGGACAAGUUGGUAACUUCGAAGAAGGUGGUAACAGAACAGCAAGUAGAUUAGUUGAUGAUACUUUUGUAUUGGAUGUAGAUGCUAAGAAAUGGUCUCCUGUGUAAUUAGAAGAAGAAAAACCAGUCAAACCUAAAACUAGAGAAUCAACUACUUUAAUUUAUGAUCCUUCAGAUUCUAGAAUUAUGAUGUUUGGUGGAUGGUCAAAUGCUUGGAUGAAUGAUAUUUAUGCAUUGAAUGUCUCAUCAAUUGUUGGACCUCCAUAUGCUAUCUAUUCAAUUAAACCAUGUUUAGGUCCAUUAACAGGAAAAACCAAAGUCUCUAUCACGGGAGAUGGAUUCAAGGAUUCCUAAAAUAUAAUUGUUAGAUUCUUUUCAGGAAAAGCCUCAGAGGAUGUUCAAGCAGUAUAUGUAAGUCCAACUGAAUUAACUUGUGAAACACCUUCAUAUGAAAAACAUGGAGCUAGAAAAUCUGAAGUUAAAGUCAGUAUUGACAGAUUAGAUUUCACUAUUAUGAGUCAAUUCUAUUCCUAUUUCUUAAACUCAAAGGCUGAAAAGUCAUUAAUGUUUGGACCAGGAGUGUUGAGAGAAAAUGCAAUAAAAACAGAUACAAUGUUCUAUAUUCAAACUAGAAAUUUGAAUAAUUAAAAUAGAGAAAGUGGUGCUGAUGAAUUUUAAAUUGAAAUUACUAGACCUGAUGUUUUAUCAGAAUUGGAAGAAGAAAGAUAAAGAGAAGCCAUUAGAUUAUAGUAAUUAGAGUAGAUGGAUCCUGAAGAGAGAGAAAGAAUUGAAUAAGAAUCUCAUAAGAAGAGAACUGUUAAGAGAAAGAAGGUUAAAUAAUAAUAAGAAGGAGAAGAAGGUGAAAAUUAAGAAUCUGAAUAUGAAGAAGUUGAAGAAGAGGUACCAUAAGAAAAAUCUAGAUUGUAAUUAUUAGAAGAAAAAGCUAACAUCAAAUAUUCUAUUCAUGAUAAUGAUGAUGGAUCUUAUAUUGUUAAAUAUUAAAUUGAAGAACCAUGUGAAGUUAUUGUUAAUGUUAAAUUAAAAAAUGAAAGAGGUGAAUUUAAUGAAAUUAGAGGUGCUCCUAAGAAAGCAUAAUUUUUAGAUGGUGUUGGAAUUAAAAAUAACCAAUAUACAGGCUAAUAAUUAGUUAAUUAUGUUACUAAUAAGAAUGAAGAAAUUAAUAAACUUAUUGACACAUCCAGAGAUAAUAUUAAUAUCAAAGAUAAGAAUAUCUAAGAAGAUGUCAAUAGUUUAUUAGAGGUUAUGGAGAAUCUUAAAAAGAUUUCAGAUGAAAAAGAAAACAUUCUUUUGUUAUUAGAUGAAAAUGAAUAAAUAUUAAGAACACUAGAAAAACAUGAUAUGAAAAAAGAAACAGAAAUCAAAAAAGUGAACAAGAUGUAAGAAGAAUGGAAAAAUUUAUUAAAGAUUUCAUAAACAGUUGAAAAAGACAUAAGUGGUCCAGUCAAAUAAGAAGCUGAUAAGACCAAAGAAAAGAUUAAGAAAUUCGAAGAAUAAUUAAAAGAAUAUUUACAAGGUCUUAAAAAAGAAACAUUUUAUUAAUAUAAAACUGGUAUUAAAGAUUCAUAAGAAAGAUUUACUGAAGUCUAAGCUUAAAUAGAUAAAUUCACAAAAACACUUUAAAAUUAUGAAUAUUAUUCAAAAAUGUUCAACUUCCCAGAUGAGGUUGUUGGUUGCUAAAAAAAUUUAGAUGCUAUCAAAUAAGAAGUAGCUGCUGUGUAAUUAUUAUGGGAACACAUCAAGAAAUGUGAAUAAAAAUUCUCAGAUUACAAGAGAUAUAAAUGGGCAACUAUAGAUCCAAAUGAUAUGGAAGAUGAAGUGAAAAAGCUUCGUAAAUUCUUAAUUGAUAUGAAGGGUAUCGAUAAAAGAUCAAAUGUAUUCACUGGUAUUAAUGAAGAUUUACGUAAAUGGGGUACUUUCAUUCCUUUAUUAACUGAAUUAAAAGAUCCAGCUAUGAAUACAACUGAUAGUAGACAUUGGAAAGAAGUCAAGGUUGUUGUAAAUCAAGACUUUGCAAUUGGAGAUGAUAUGGAAUUAGAUGUUAUUUGGAAUCUUAAACUUUUUGAUUUUAGAGAAAAAAUUGAAGAUAUCUCUGAAUAAGCAAAAUAAGAAUUAAAAAUGGAAAAGGGAAUUAUCAAGGUAGAUACAUUCUGGAAGGAUGUUCAAUUUGAAUUGUUGAAACAUAAGGAUACUGAUAUCAGAACUUUGAAAAUGUUGGAUGAACAUUUUGAAACCUUGGAAGAACAUUAAUUAUAGGUCAACAAUAUGUUAUUGAGUAAAAAGAUGUUGAAAAUUGGAAAUGAGGAUUUAGGAGCAAUUUAUGAUGUUAUUUAAUUGUUAUCAGAAGUACAAAAGACAUGGUCAUUUUUGGAAAACUUAUUUAUCCAAUCAGAAGAAGUCAAGAAGGAAUUACCUAAGGAAUCAGAAUAAUUUGUUGGAAUUGAUAAGAAUAUGAGAGAGAUUAUGGAAUCUGGUUGCUAAAUUAAGAUUAUCUUGAAGUUCUGUACAUAACCAAAUAUGUUGAAAUCAUUGGAAAAAAUAUAAGCUGAUUUGAAGGUCUGCGAAAAAGCAUUGAACGAAUUUUUGGAUUUUAAAGAAGAGCAUUCCCAAGAUUCUAUUUCGUUAGUGUCAAUGAUCUAUUGGAUAUUCUUUCAAAUGAUCUUCUAGGCUAUUGAUAAAUUAGAACUAUAAGAAAAUGAUAAUGAAAGACCAUUUGCUAAAAAGAUGAUUACAUGUGUUGGUCAAGAAGAAGUAUCUUUAGUUAAACCAUUGUAAUUGUUAAAUAAAGUUGAAACCUAUUUAUAAGCCAUGAUUGAUUCUAUGAUUGAUACUCUAAGAGAAUUAGCCAAGAAAUCAUUUGGAUGUUAUGAUUCUAAGACAUGCCAAUUACAAAUGGAUAGAAAAACUUGGAUUGAUUAAGAUCCAGCUUAAAUUGCUUUAUUAGUCAAUAAUAUUAUGUGGUCAGUUCAAGUAGAAGAAGCAUUUGGAAAAAUAGCUAAUGGAGACAUGAAUGCCCUUAAAGAUUAUUAUAAGAGAAGUGUUGAGGCUCUUACUGAAUUAAUUAGAUUUGUUAGAGGAGAUUUAACUAAAUCAUUAAGAUAAAAGUUGAUGUGUUUGAUUACUAUGGAUGCUCACUCAAGAGAUACUAUUGGUAAAUUGAUUGAUGAACAUGUUCGUAAACCAGAUGAAUUUUAAUGGCAAUCUUAAUUGAAAUUCUAUUGGGUCAAUAAUGAUGCUCUUAUUAGAAUUGCAGAUGCAUCUUUCAAUUAUUCAUAUGAAUAUUUGGGUAAUGGUCCAAGAUUGGUUAUUACGCCAUUGACAGAUCGUAUCUACGUCACAGCCACCUAAGCAUUGCAUUUAAAGAUGGGUUGUGCACCUGCUGGUCCUGCAGGAACUGGUAAAACAGAAACCACUAAAGAUUUGGCUAAUGCAUUGGCUAAAGCAUGCUACGUGUUCAAUUGCAGUUCAGAAAUGAAUUAUGAAUCUAUGGGUAAUAUCUAUAAGGGACUUGCUAGUUCUGGAUGUUGGGGUUGUUUUGAUGAAUUUAAUCGUUUAUUACCAGAAGUCUUGUCUGUCUGUUCAGUUUAAUUUAAGGCAGUCACUGAUGCUAUUAAACAAUAAAAAAAGACAUUUUUAUUCCCAGGAGGAGGUGAGAUUUCUUUAGAUCCAACUUGUGGUGUGUUUAUCACAAUGAAUCCAGGUUAUUUGGGAAGAGCAGAAUUACCAGAAGGAUUGAAAGCAUUGUUUAGACCAAUUACAGUGGUUGUUCCAGAUUUAGAAUUGAUUUGUGAAAACAUGUUGAUGGCUGAAGGAUUUGAAGAGGCAAAGACAUUAGCACAUAAAUUCGUUACUCUAUAUAUGUUAUGCAGAGAUUUACUAUCAAAAUAAUUGCAUUAUGAUUGGGGACUUAGAGCUAUUAAAUCAGUCUUAGUCGUUGCUGGUGGUUUCAAGAGAGCAGAAGCAAAUAUUGCAGAAUAGGCACUUUUGAUGAGAGCAUUGAGAGAUUUCAAUAUUCCAAAGAUCGCAUUUUAAGAUUUGGAUGUUUUCUCAGGAUUAUUAUCAGAUCUAUUCCCAAAUAUCAAUAUUCCAAGAAAGAGAGAUAUGGCAUUUGAAGGAAUCAUUGAAUAAGUUACAGCAGAAAAUAGAUUGGAUCCAGACCCCGAUUAUAUUUUGAAGAUUGUUCAAGCAUCAGAAUUAUUAGAAAUUAGACAUUGUAUUUUCGUAAUGGGUCCACCAGGAGCUGGUAAAUCAACUACAUGGAAAAUGUUGGCUAAAGCUUAAGAUAAGGCUGGUAAGAAGACAACAGUGGUUGAUUUAGAUCCAAAGGUCGUUAGUACUAGAGAUUUGUAUGGUUACAAUUUACCAACAAAGGAAUGGAAAGAUGGUUUAGUUUCAAAGGUUUUGAGAUCUCUAAGUGAAAUUCAAGAUGUUAAUCCUAAAUGGAUAUUACUUGAUGGAGAUUUAGAUGCUAAUUGGAUUGAGUCUAUGAAUUCAGUGAUGGAUGACAAUAAGAUAUUGACAUUGGCAAAUAAUGAAAGAAUUCCAUUGAAACCACACAUGAGAAUGCUUUUUGAAAUCAGAGAUCUUCGUUUUGCUACUCCUGCCACAGUGUCUAGAGCUGGUAUCUUAUAUAUUUCAGAUGACAAGGGGUAUUAAUGGAGAGCCUACGUGAAAUCAUGGGUUAAGAAUAACUUUAAUGAUGAUAAAUUUAAAUAAGAUUUACAAAAACUAUUUGAUAGAUAUAUUGAAGGUACUUUACUAUUCUUAAAGAAACAUUGUAAGACUUUGAUUCCAGUCAAUCCAAUUUCUAUGAUUAUCUCAUUAUGCAAAGCCUUAUUGCCAUUAUUAUAAGGAGAAGUGAAGAAUAUGGAAUAUCAUUUCGUGUAUUGCUGUGUUUGGGCUAUUGGAGGUGUUUUAUCUGAAAAAGACUCCAUUGAUUAUCGUAAAGAUUUCUCUAAUUGGUGGAAAGGUGAAUGGAAGACUUCAGUAAAAUUCCCAAGUAAGGGUACAGUAUUUGAUUACUUUGUUGAAUAAAAUUCAGAGAAUGUUAAAUUCGAUGAAUGGGCUAAAAGAUUAUCUAAUAUAGAUUUUGAUCCUUAAUCAAUGGUUAUGGGUAAUAUUACAGUGCCAACUAAAGAAACUUUGGCUACAAGUGAAUUAGUUAAAUAAUUUAUUUAUGUUUAACAGCCAGUUUUGAUGAUUGGUUAAUCCGGUUGUGGUAAAACUUAAUUGGCCAAAGGUAUUUUGAGAGAUAUCGUAAAAGCUCAACCAGAUAAUUUUACUUAUCAAUUGAUCAAUUUCAAUUAUUAUACUGAUUCAACAUAUUUAUAGGCACAAUUGGAACAAUAAUUGGAAAAGAAGGCAGGUAGACAAUUUGGACCUUAAGGAAAAGGAAAAUUAAUAUAUUUCAUUGAUGAUUUGAACAUGCCUUAAUUAGAUCCAUAUGAUACUUAGACAGCUAUAGCAUUGUUAAGAUAACAUGCAGAUUAUGGUCAUUGGUAUGAUUUAAGUAAAUUGAGUUUGAAGGAUAUCAUCAACACUCAAACAAUUGCUGCUAUGAAUCCAUCAGCUGGUUCAUUCUUUGUUAAUCCAAGAUAUCAAAGACACUUUUGGACUGUUUCAAUUCCUAUUCCUGACAAUGAAAGUUUGUUCUUAAUCUAUAACACAUUCUUAUCAGGACAUCUUAAGAGAUUUAAACCAGCUGUUUCUGAAAAUGGACCUGCAAUUAUCAAGGCUGCUUUAUAAUUACAUACAAGUGUCAUAUAGAAUUUCAGAAAGACAGCCAUAAAUUUCCAUUAUGAAUUCAAUCUUAGACAUAUUUCCAAUGUUAUUUAAGGAUUGUUAUUAGCAGAUCCUGCUAAAUUUAUUGAUUCAGAUAAAUUAAUAAGAUUAUGGGUUCAUGAAUCUGAAAGAACAUAUGGUGAUAGACUAGUCUCAAUGGAUAAUCUUAAUACCUAUAAGGCAUUGAUGUUUGAUUUGUUAAAGAAAUAAUUCACCAAAUUCAAUUUCAGUAGAUUCUUUGCAAAAGAUAAUCCUGAAAAUCUGAUCUUCUGUAAUUUCUUAGCUGGUAUUGGUGGUGAUAGAUUUUAUGAUCAGAUGCCAAAUGAUAAAUUGGAACCAGUAAUCACUGAAGCAUUAAAAGAAUAUAAUGAUAACUUUGCUUAUAUGGGAUUAGUAUUGUUCGAAGAUGCUCUUAAACAUGUAUGCAGAAUCACUAGAAUUGUGUUACCACCAGGAGGACAUUCAUUAUUAGUAGGAGUAGGAGGUAGUGGUAAAUAAUCGCUAACUAAAUUGGCUGCAUUCAUUAUGACAUACACACUCUUCAUGAUUACUAUCUCAAGCAAUUAUGGUAUGAAUGAUCUAAGAACUGACUUAUAAUUACUUUACUAGAAAUCAGGUGUCAAAGAUGAACCUAUUAUGUUCUUAUUCAAUGAAGGUCAAAUUACAAACGAGAGAUUCUUAACAUACAUCAAUGAUCUACUAUCUUCAGGAGAAGUGGCAGAACUCUAUAACUCAGAUGAAAAGGAAGUGUUGAUCAAUCAAAUUAGACCUAAAGUAAAGGCUGAUGGUAGACCAGAUACAAGGGAUUCAUGUUGGGGAUGGUUUAUUGAUAAAGUUAGAUAGAAUUUACAUAUGACCUUGUGUUUCUCACCAGUAGGUGAAUCACUCCGUAAAAGAGCUCGUCAAUUCCCUGCUCUUGUCAACUCUACUGUCAUUGAUUGGUUCCAACCUUGGCCUUAAGAUGCUCUCUAUAAUGUUGCUUAACAAUUCUUAAAAGAUAUUGAUGUACCCACAGAUUAAGUUAGAGAGGCUAUUGUUAAAUUCAUGCCAUUCUCAUUCAAAUUAGUUAAUGAUUUAUCAGUCAAAUUGUUAGAAUAAGAAAGAAGAUAUGUCUAUACUACACCUAAAUCAUUCUUAGAAUUGAUCAAAUUAUAUAUUUUCAUGUUGAAGACUAAGAAGGGAAUGCUUGAAAAGAAUAAGGAAAGAUAUGAAAAUGGUCUUAUCAAAUUGAGAUCUACCUAAGCUUUAGUGGCUGAAAUUGAAAUUCAAGUCAAGGAAAAACAAUAAGAAGCUGAAUAAAUUAAGAAUGAAGCUAAUCAAGUAGCUGAAGUUGUUGGGUAAAGAAAAAGCAAAGGCUGA